AUGUGUGGAAUUCCUGUAGGACUACAAAGGAUCGAAGAUGACCAUUUGGAAGAGAAAGAAGCUGUCAGAGAUAACAACAUUCUUGGUUCCGUGGUUUCGGAAUUGAAAAUUCGCGUUCAACACAAAAUUUAUGACAGUGGCUUGGAAAAGUCGUAUGAUACAACAUUAACACCGUUUGUGCCAACAUGGCUUUCAUUUUAA